AGGCGAGGACACCGACCGCCGUGAAGGAACGCUUCUCGUUCGCCUCGGCUCAGGGGCGCCAUGGCAGACCCCGGCCAGCAGCAUGAACGAGCGCAAGUGCGUGGAGGAGGCCUAUAGCCUGCUCAGCGAGUACGGCGACGACAUGUACGGGCCUGAGAAGUUUACAGACAGGGAUCCACAGCCCUCCGGAAGUGAGGGAGAAGAUGAUGAUGUGGAGGCUGCCCUGAAGAGAGAAGUUGGCAACAUUAAGGCAUCUACGGAGAUGAGGCUAAGAAGAUUCCAGUCAGUGGAAAGUGGAGCAAUAACGUAGUGUUCUUCAGGACACUUGGGAUAGGUGGGUCCGACUAACACCCCUUCAGGAGUCUUAAUUUCAUGGUAACUGGACAUCUGCCUGUCCUAGGGAACAUUUCUUAAAAAUGGCAUCAGCACGUGGCUCGGUUAAUCAUUUGAUCAUGUCCUCUCCACAUUGUAUUCGUAGUAGGCAUAUGGAGCUGUAGAGUGAGUUGGUGAACUUGUACACUAUGUGGUUCUGGGAUUCCUUUCAGGUCUGGAUUGAGACGUCUGUACUAACUUAGCUAAUGAAUGAAUGAAUUUUUUUUAAAGACUUAUUUUAUUUAUAUGAAAGGCAGAGUUACUGAGAGAGGGAGAAGCAGAGGGAGGAGAGCUUCCAUUGGGUGGUGCACUCCCCAGAUGGCCACAGCAGCCCAGGCUGCGCCAGAUCAAAGCCAGGAGCCCAGAGCUGCUUCUGGGCCUCCCAUGUGGAUGUAAGGGCCAUCUGCUACUGCUAUCCCAGGCACAUUAGCAGGGAGCUGAGUCAGAAGUGGAGCGUCUUGACCCAAUGCAAUGCUCAUGUGGGAUGCAGGCAUCACAGACAGCAGCUUUACCCUCUAUGCAACAACACCGGCCCCAUUUAUUUUAAGUGACCAGCAGGCUUUUGCAUUUGUAAAAUUGUGUAGUGUUUAAUGUUUGUUGUUCUGCUACUUGCUGUUAUAGAGGAAAACAACAGCUGAGUGUUGCAGUUGCAUAAAUUAGGAUAUUACAAAAUGUUAACCCUAAUGUUUACAUGAGCAGUUUUUUACUAAAGAUCUUUUAGUUUCAUUUCCUUGAACUUUUUUUAAGGUUUAUUUAUUUAGUUUUAUUUUUUGAAAAGCAGAGUGACAGAGAGAGAUAUCUUCCAUCCACUGGUUCAUUCCCCAAAUGCCAACAACAGUUGGGGCUAGGCCAAGACAAAGCUGAGAACUCCAUCAGGGUGUCCCACAUGCCUGACACGGACUCACAUUUUUGCCAUCACCUGCUGCUUCCCAGUAUACACAUUAGCAGGAAGUAGAAUGGGAAACAGAGGCAAGAAUCAAUCCAGGCACUCUGAUAUGGGAUGUGGCUAUCCCAAGUGCCAACACUCAUGGCAAACAAGUUGUUUUAAAGGAUUAUUUAUUUAUUUAUUUAUUUGAAAGUCUGAGUUACAGAGAGAGAGCGAGAGAGAUGUCUUCUGUUGGUUCACUCCCCAGCUGGCCGCAACGGCUGCAGCUGCGC